AUGAAGAUGAAGAUGAAGAUGAAGAGAAUCAGAAGAGUGAACUAUACACAAAGUCUCGAUGACGGUGAUUUUACCUUUAGGUUUCGAUUGAACAAACAUGCGUUCAAUUCUUUAUUGUUAGAAAUAACCUCAUUUUUACGAGUAACAUCCACGAGAAAUUACGGAGUAUCAACAUUGCAUCAACUUUUGUUGACCCUACGGUUGUUGUACGGUGUUGGAGUGUCAAAAUCUACAGCAGGCAGAAUAGUGCGAGACACAAAUCAUCAGCAAUUGCCCAAUUAUAUGAUAAAUAUAUUUAUGUUCAUCGAAGGAAUGCAGACAAAUUCUAUAGAAUUGCUGGAUUUCCUCGUGUGCUUGGGGCAAUUGAUGGCACACAUAUCCACAUACAGUCUCCAUGUCAUUUAA